GAUUGAUUUCUGGAUCAUUCUUCCCUCAAAAAAGUGCUUGAUCAUUCGUUCGUUUCUGCUAAUAGUUACACCCUCCGAUCACCUAUUAUGGAUCGGAGGCAGUAUUAAAUUGGACAUAGUCUAGUUUGAUAGAGCCAUAUGUUAUUUUAUUUUUUUCAAAAGAGAAAAAAGGCAGAGUCGUCGUAUGAAAACCUUUAGUGGUCAGCCGCAGAAAAAAUACUCUUCGGAGAGAAUAUGUGCCAGUAAAAAAAGUAAAAGACGGAGAGGGGCUGCCUGGAAAGAAGGAGAUGCUCUCUUUUUACGCAGGCAGAACACACAAAACUAUCUAGCCUAGUCUGGAUUACCACAUAAAAAGGGACUAGCGUGCAGCUUAGCGCCGAUAAGGAAUAAAGAUUCAGAACAACAGUUGUUUGGUAGCAACAGAUUCCAAAGGCUGCCAAAAAAAAUUAAAGAUGACAAGGCUAGGGCACUAGGCAAAGGAGAUAACGCUCGGAAAGCUCUGCCAAGUUCUCCGUGGCCUGAUCCAAACGACAGAUAUACACAAGCCCGAAUUAUUGCUCCAAAACACAGCUAAUUACUCGCAUUUCCUCGCCGGCUUUCCUUUCAUUUCCCCUCCUUUUUCCACCAUCAUUUCAUUUCCACGCUUUGCUUUGCGGGCUUUUGCUCUUUUGUUGUUGCACAAACGUAUACAAAGCUCUCCACAUGACAGGCACAGAAAGGAAGACAUGUGCAUCCUCUUACGGCGCCCAGUAGUCCAAUGGAGCUUUAGUUCUUUAUUUACCCUCCAUCUGUAACCCCUAAUCCCCCUUUAUGACCAAGGCUUUGCUGCUACACACAAAUAUACACAUGUUCCCCGCUCAGCUCGCUCGCUUUCUCUUUUUUAAAUCGCCAAGACCAAGUUGGACACCACGGUAUUUAGAAGCGGUUGCUUCUGACCAAACACCUUAAUAUGGUAAAUCAACAGCUAGCAGAGCAACACACACAAUCCUAGCUUAGCUAGCCGUGGAAAGUGAAACGAUCAAACGAGAAAGCAAAAUUAGCAGCUGUUUUUCUUCCUUCCGGGCUUCUGGAAGACUUAAUUCGGUGUGACGGUUAGCGCAACCGCCAUUGCUAGUAGCAGUCGGGUUAGCUAGCCGUGCUGGGAGCUUAAAUCUCCCCGGUCAACGCCGAGUCAAACCCUCCUAGCAUAGGAGUGACAUACAGAAGAGAGCAAGAACAGCUGCUGUCCUGUUCCUGUCCAAGCAAGCAAGCACUGAAGCACAGCUCGCGCUCACUCUCAGAAACAGAGCAGAACAGAAGAGCAGCAGGUCCUUGCCCAUAAAGCAAGACAGAGAACGGCCGCACGCCACAUGGCUUGGUCGCAAAGGAAACCCAUCGUUUUCGCUCACGAGCGGUUCCUCGAUCGAUCCAGGCGACAGGAAACCAACGAUUCGACGAUCAUCAUCGCCAGCAGCAGCGCAACUAGCUGGAACUAGAAGAUCGAUGACGCUUGACGGCAUCAACGGCGGCAGCGUGACGAUGGAGAGGGACGGCGGCGGCGGCGCGGCGGCCGGAGUGACGCCGGCGGAGAGGGAGAGGUGGUGCGUGUGGGUGGCGGAGGAGUGCUCGCCUUCAGGGUGCGCGUGCGCCAUGGGGCCGAAGCCGAUGAUGGCGCGGUACGUGUACGCGCUGGUGUUCCUGGUGACGAACCUGCUGGCGUGGACGGUGCGGGACUACGGCCACUCGGCGCUUUUGGAGCUGCGGCGGCUCAGGGGCUGCCGCGGCGCGCGCUACUGCCUCGGCGCCGAGGGCGUGCUCCGGAUCAGCCUCGGAUGCUUCCUCUUCUUCUUCAUGAUGUUCCUGUCGACGGUGAACACGAGGAAAGUGCACGACUGCCGGAACUCGUGGCACUCGGAGUGGUGGCCGGUCAAGAUCCUCCUCUGGAUGGGCUUCACCGCCGUCCCCUUCUUCGCCCCCUCCCAGCUCAUCCAGCUCUACGGGAAGGUCGCGCAUUUCGGAGCAGGGGCGUUCCUUGUGAUCCAACUCAUCAGCGUCACCAGGUUCAUCACCUGGAUCAACGACUGCUGCCGCUCCGAGACCAACCUCAAGAAAUGCCACAUGCACGUGCUGGUGGCGUCGACCGUGGCGUACGUGGGCGCCGUGCUGGGGAUCGCGCUCAUGUACGUGUGGUACGUGCCGAGGGCGUCCUGCAGGCUCAACUCCAUCUUCAUCUCCGUCACACUCCUGCUCGUGCUGCUCAUGACCUUCGUCUCUGCCAACUCCAAGGUCAAGGCCGGGUACCUGGCGCCCGGGCUCAUGGGGGUCUACGUCGUCUUCCUCUGCUGGGCCGCCAUCAGAAGCGAGCCGCACACGGAGGUUUGCAACAGGAAAGCGGGCGCCGCAACCAGCGCAGAUUGGCUCAACAUAGCGAAUUUUGUGAUCGCGGUGAUCGUGAUCGUCGCGGCGACUUUCUCGACGGGGAUAGAUUCAAAGUGCCUGCAGUUCAAGAGCAGCGAGACGGACUCGGAGGACGACAUCCCCUACGGCUUCGGCUUCUUCCACUUCGUGUUCGCCAUGGGCGCCAUGUACUUCGCCAUGCUCUUCGUCGGCUGGAACGCGCACCAGAAGAUGGAGAAGUGGACGAUUGAUGUGGGCUGGGCGAGCACGUGGGUGCGUGUGGCCAACGAAUGGCUAGCGGCGAUUGUGUACAUAUGGAUGGUGAUCGCUCCGAUCGUGUGGAAGAGGAGGCAGGUCGGGUCCUCGGCCACGUGUCCAUGAGUUGCAUUGUGUUUUUCUCGAUCAUGUGUGUGACACACUUGCAUCUCAAGAAGAAGAAAAAUUAUGUGUACAAGAAAAAUGAGGACACGGAGGAAGCAGAGGCACCGUCCGAUGGUCGCACGGAUGGAUGGAUGGUGGUUCUCACUUGAUUUUGUUAACUUGGCGGCAGGGAGAGAGUUAAGAGGAGCGAAAUUUGUUCCUCUUUGUGCCUUGUAUAUCUGGCCAAUUUUGCAUGGUGGAGAGAGAGAAAAGAUAUAUUCUUUUGGAGAUGAGUCGAUUGUAUAUUCUCACUCUGGAAAGAGAUCUGUUUAAGAAAACAGAGGAUUACACGUACGUACUUGCAUUUU